UGUUGUUUUGUUUGCAUGUGGAGGGUGAGUGGCAGUGGAGGAACGUGUGCUCGGGUCUUUUUUAACAAAGAACCCGGAGACAGUCUGUGUGUGAGGCUGCAUGUUGUGAUGUUAGAUUCUGCCUUUCAUCAUUUGCACUUAUGAGAAGGAGGUAUUUAUUUUUCUUUAUCCGAAAGUAGCCAUUCUGUUGAGCCGAAGCAAUAUCUGAAACAGGCACGGUGUGGCUUUGUUAUUUUGACUUUCUGCCCGUUUCACGUUAUUUAGUUAGCUAGUUUUAGUUUAUUGUAGUUGAGAGAAGAUGUCCACUGACUGCCAGAAGACCAUUGCCAAGGCCAUCCCGUCGACCAGGAGGGUGACUGUCAACGACGCGGAGCACAUGCCUCACGACUACUCCACAACUCCCGGGGGGACCCUGUUCAGCACGACCCCGGGUGGUACCAGGAUCAUAUACGAUCGAAAGUUCCUCCUGGACUGUCGCAGUUCCCCGGUGGCCAAGACUCCUCCGCGAGGUCUGCCCAAUAUUCCAGGAGUGACCAGCCCUCCCUCCAAAGACACCAGCGAGAAACCCACUAAUGGAGAACUGCUAAACAACAACAAAACUGCACCUGACAGUAACAACACUGGUGAUGAUGCGCAGUUUGAAAUGGACAUCUAGGUGGCGAUAGGAUGAGCAUUAAGAUGUCAGACCAACAUGAUGCUGUGAAGAAAGCUUCAGGAGCACUUUCUCUUUUUCCAUCAUCCAUUCCAUGAAGACAGAGGUUCGCCUUUAGUACCCACAGCGUCUUAGUGUCUUCAAAUCUGUCUGUCAGUUUUGUUUGCUUGUUUUGCCCAGAACAAAUCUGUAAUGAAGCCUUUUCUGUUUGCCUCAAGGCUUUAAACCUAAUUCAUGUGCGACAAAGCGUGCCUUCCUGUAGUGGCUACAAGUUUGAAAUCAACACUGGGAAGUACUUAACACCAACAAAGCCUCAACCCUCACUGCUGAGAGAAAAUAGUGAAAAUAAAGAUCCAAUUUUCUGAAUUUAUAAGCAUUCCAGAAGGAUUUGUCACUUGAUGUGCUUUUAUUUCCACACAUUUCCUGAUGCCUCUCUUCAGAUAUUGCCUUGAAAUGUUCACGUUACUGUAUAAUUGAUGUUUAGUUGAUCAUGCGCUUAAUUUUAAAAAAGUACUUCACCUGAAGUGUCAUACAGAGAAUGUAAAAUUUUGAAACAGAUUUUCACAUGGUUUGUAGGGUGACAAAAAAAUAAAAUAAAGCAAACAACA